CCGAGUGAAAUGACAGCUCUCUCCUCUGUCUCUGUGGAAAUCGACACAGCUGGUGAUUUCUGGCAACUUCAAAAUGGAAAGGAAUAAAAACAUUACCUAGAUAUUUGCAUGGAAUGUAAUGACUAUAUAUAUAUAGUUUCUGAAAUAUUAAUGUUUUUUGUUGUAGUAUCCGGUUAAUGUUAUUUGGGUUGUCAGCGUUUUUUAGGGAGCUUUUUGUUUUGUUAUAAAGCUAGCAGCAAGCUAACUGUUAGCUUUUACGAGAAGGCCAGACUUUUCUUUAUUUGCUGUCAUAAUUCGCAUGAACUAGUUAACUACCUUUUUAUUUUAUUUUACACAGGGAAUAAAUUAGGUCUACAUAUCGUCGUGCUUGCUCUGUUUGUUUACACUUGUUUAUUUUCAAACUCUUGAUUCUCUUACGUGACCGCAUUUUAUUUUUUAGGUUUGUUUUUGAGGGGGACAAUAAGGAGGCAAGUAACGUUUACUUGUUACUAGUCUUAGUUUCCUACCUUGGCUUCGGACACCUUUGUGUUUUAUCUUCUGUAUUGAAGUAUCUGGUGAAAGGGAACAUUUUCCACCAUGCUUGUGGAAGGUGGUGUGUUGCUUUGGGCCAGUUUCCACGGUCCAAAACUGUAAAAAAACAAGGGACUUGACGACUCAACAAUCAUCAGCUGUUUCACCUGGACGUGUUGGAUACCAACGUUAAAACGACAUCAACUCAACUACUUCACUUAACUUGCUCUGUUCCAUUUGACAGCUUAUCACCCUCCUUCCCUUUAUAUAUGAUCAGUUUUGUGUCUGGGACAUUUUAGUUAACAUUUGUUCCUUUUUCGUUUCCAUCAUGUCUUGUGUUCAUUAUAAAUUCUCAUCUAAACUCAACUACGACACGGUCACUUUCGACGGUGUGAACAUCACUUUAUCCGAUCUGAAACGACAGAUUAUGGGUCGGGAGAGACUCAAAGCUGUCGACUGCGGACUACAAAUCACCAACGCACAAACUAAAGAAGAAUACAAAGACGAUGAGGCCCUGAUAUCCAAGAACUCCUCUGUCAUCAUCAGAAGAAUACCCAUCGGCGGAGUGAAGGCUACAAGCAAGACGUAUAACAUUGAUCGUUCUUCAGAACACAACCUCCCCGUUCAGAACUACCCCGUUGGAUCCUCCAAAAUUGAUGAUCAUGCUGCAUCUAUAUCACUGGCCCAACUCUCAAAGACGGGGAACCUGGCGGAGGCCAACGCCUCGGAGGACGACAAGAUCAGAGCCAUGAUGUCACAGUCCAACCACGAGUACGACCCCAUACAUUAUGUGAAGAAGUUGACGGGUCCCCCUCCAGCCAACUACACCUGUUAUCGCUGUGGGAAGAACGGACACCACAUCAGGAACUGUCCUACCAACGGGAAGGAGAAAGGGUUUGAGCCGCCCCAGAGGAUCAAGAAGAGCACCGGGAUCCCCCGGUCCUUCAUGAAGGAGGUGGACGACCCGUCUAUAAAGGGGGCCAUGCUGACCAACACCGGCCGCUACGCCGUCCCUACUAUAGACGCUGAGGCCUACGCUUUAGGUAAGAAGGAGAGGCCUCCGUUCGUCCCCAGGGACCAGUCCAGUUCCGAGGAGGACGAGGACCCGGUCCCUGAUGAGCUGCUCUGUCUGCUGUGUAAAGACCUGAUGACUGACGCUGUGGUCAUACCCUGCUGCGGCAACUCCUACUGCGACGACUGUAUCCGUACGUCUCUGCUGGAGUCAGAGGAACAUGUUUGUCCCACCUGUAGCCAAUCGAAUGUCUCCCCUGACGCCCUCAUAGCCAAUAAGUUCCUACGCCAGGCGGUAAAUAACUUUAAGAACGAGACCGGUUACACCAACCGCAUGAUGACGAGAGUAGCCCAGCCCCCCGUCGUCCCCACCCCUCCUCUCCAGCCUCAAUCCCGCCCUCAGUGCCCGCUCCAGCCUAUCAGGAGCCAGCAGGACCCUCUCAUGCCCCGCCCUCCAGCCUUAGACACGCCACCAUUGGCUCAGCAGCAGCAGCAGGUUGGCCCGCCCCUCAGAGUCGGGAACCAUAAUAACUCCUCCCACAUGGCUGCUGGCUCCUCCUAUAACUCAACGGGGCCCUCCCCCCAGCACCCAACCAAUCACAACAACACGCUUAUUAUAACAAAAGAGCCAGAGAGUGGAGGAGUUCAGUCUGUGGUGGUCUCAGCCGACCCCCCUCUAGCCAAGGGAUAUCGUGUUCCAGUGAUGGGUCAACCCCAGUCUGACGGUCACUCCUCCCUGCAGAGGACAGGUCCUCCACCCAGGUCCAAUCCUCCCAGACUUCCUGAAGGACCAGUCCAUUGGGACAGAUACAGCCCCUCAGGUCGUGGCAGGAACCAUAGCGACCGCGCCCCUCCCUCCCAGCCUCUGCCGCCCUCCAACGUGCCACCCCCUCUCUACAACCCUCCCUCCAUUUUCUCCUCCCCUCUCCCCCAUCCGCCAGGUGUCAUACCCCCCCACUACCCGCCUCCCCACUUCCCCCCGGGGCAACAGCCCCCCUCCAGCUUCUCCCUGCCCCCUCCUGGCUACACCCCCACCCCAGGAGUCACCAACCCCCCCUGGGCGCCCCCCAACACCCAGCCCCCCCUCACCGGGAAGCCAAUCCCCUCUUCCUUCCUGUCCAAGGAUGAGUUCUACAGACAACAGAAGAGACUGAAGGAUAACUCCCACUGUCGCUACGGUAACCGGGAAAAGUCCAAGCUGGAUGAGUUCACGAACGACUUCGCCAAAGAGCUGCUAGAGUACAGAAAGAUCCAGAAGGAGAGGAGACGCUCUUAUUCCAGGUCCAGGUCUUCCUACAGUAGCUCAUCCUACUCCAAAUCCCGUUCCCGUUCUCGUUCAUACUCCCGUUCCUCCAGUCGUUCCAGAUCCCGUUCCAGGUCCCGUUCCAGAUCCCGUUCCAGGUCUUACUCCCGCUCCUCUCCGUACUCCCGCCGCCGCGGACGACCUCGCGGCUACCGCUCCCGUUCCCGUGGCUACCGCCGAUCGCGCUCGCCGCCGCCUUUCAGGGACCGAGACGGUGCGGGACGGGGUAGAGGACGGGGACGAGGUUACCGGUCACGCUCUAAAUCACCUGGCCAAGGUGGGUACCGAACCCACACUCCUCCACCCCCAAGCUCCAGGAAACCUGUCGUCGCUGGGCCUCCACCGGAAGGUGAGAGGAAAUACCCGGGCCGGAUCCGGGAGAGGGAUCGGGAGCCGGCGGCGUACGACCGUGGUCCAGAGCACAAUGACCCGUACGAGAGGGAGAGGUACCGGGAGUGGGAGAAGGAGUACAGAGAAUGGUACGAGAAAUACUUCAAAAACUACAACUCCCACGACCCUCCUCCUCCCAAUAACCCCCCCUCCCUACAGGGGCCGACCCGCCUUUAGUUUCACCCCGGUGCCACCCCCAGCCGGACGAGACAGAG